AUGCGGGCCGGCCUGCCGCUGCUGCUGGCCGCGCUCCUGGUCCCCGCGCCCCGCGGCCCCGCGCCCCGGGCUGCGGCGGCCUGGAGCCCCAAGUACGCGGUGGACUGCCCCGAGGGCUGCAACAGGGACGCGUGCAGGAGCCCCCCGCGCUGCGAGGGGACCGUGCUGGACGACUGCGGCUGCUGCCGCGUGUGCGCCGCCCGGCGCGGGGAGACCUGCUACCGCACCGUCUCGGGCAUGGACGGCUUCAAGUGCGGCCCCGGGCUGCGCUGUCAUUUUUACAGUGAGGAGGACGAUUUUGGAGACGAGUUUGGUAUCUGCAAAGACUGUCCCUACGGCACCUUCGGCAUGGAAUGCAAGGGGACCUGCCACUGUCAGCUGGGCAUAUGUGACAGGGUGACCGGCAAGUGCCUGAAACUCCCCUUCUUCCAGUACGCGGCGACCAAGUCCCCCAACAGACUCGUUUCUCACACAGAGCACGACCUGGCGUCGGGAGACGGCAACGCUGUGACCCGGGACAAGGGAAGGAGAACGCCGCGCGGACGCCUGCGGUGA